GCCCGUCACUUCCGGCCGGCCCGCGGCGACCGCUCCCUGUCAGGCAGCCGGUUCGCCCCUGGGCGGGCCCGGACGGGCUGCCUUUCAAUGUCGGAGGCCGGCGCCCGGCAGCGCCCGCUCGCCGAACCCGAGCACUGUCCAUGCUCAGGGCUCCCGGCCGCGAGCACCAUGGCGUCCCGGCCUGCGCGUCGCCUGCCGCCCAGACGCGGAGGCUCAGCCUGAGGCUCCUGAGGAACCGGGGUCGCGGCCGGGUCCUCCGCUCCCAUCCGUCUCCCAACUCCCGCCCCCACCCCGCCCCUGGGGCUCGGCCGUCGGGCGCUCGACGCUCGACUGCGCGGCGGAUCGACGCCCUCGGCGCUCCGGCAGCGGAAGUGAGGGCGUUGGCGGCGGGGCGGCCGCGGCCAGGGAGCCCUUGGUCGAGCGCGGGGCCCUGUCCGUGCGGGCCUGCAGAUUACUUCUGUAGCUUGACCUCUGCUUUCCUCAACAAGCAGAAUGUCUCGAUCACGACAACCCCCCCUUGUGACAGGCAUCUCUCCAAAUGAAGGAAUCCCGUGGACAAAGGUCACGAUUAGAGGAGAAAACCUGGGCGCUGAGCCAGCUGACCUCAUAGGUCUGACAAUUUGUGGGCACAAUUGCCUUCUGACAGCAGAGUGGAUGUCUACAAGUAAAAUUGUAUGUCGCGUGGGACAGGCCAAGAACGACAAAGGAGACAUUAUUGUCACAACCAAGUCAGGUGGCAAAGGAACCUCCACAGUCUCCUUCAAGCUGCUCAGACCUGAGAAAAUAGGUAUUUUGGAUCAGUCUGCUGUGUGGGUUGAUGAGAUGAAUUACUAUGACAUGCGCACUGACAGGAAUAAAGGGAUUCCUCCCUUGUCCCUGCGUCCUGCUAAUCCACUCGGCAUCGAGAUUGAAAAAGGUAAAUUUCCCCAGAAGGACUUAGAAAUGCUGUUCCCUGGAAUGAGUGCUGAUUUUACAAGUGAGAACUUUUCGGCUGCCUGGUACCUCAUAGAGAACCACUCCAACGCCAGUUUUGAACAGCUCAAAAUGGCCGUCACCCACCUGAAGAGGCAGGCUAACAAGAAGAGCGAGGGCAGCCUGGCGUGCGUGAAAGGGGGGCUCAGUACUUUCUUUGAGGCACAGGACGCCCUCUCAGCCAUCCAUCAAAAACUAGAAGCGGAUGGAACGGAAAAAGUAGAAGGAUCCAUGACGCAGAAACUGGAGAAUGUUCUGAACAGAGCAAGUAACACUGCGGACACAUUAUUUCAAGAAGUCUUAGGUCGUAAGGACAAGGCAGAUUCCACUAGAAAUGCACUCAAUGUGCUCCAGCGAUUUAAGUUGCUUUUCAACCUUCCUCUAAAUAUUGAAAGGAAUAUCCAAAAGGGUGAUUAUGAUGUGGUUAUUAAUGAUUAUGAAAAGGCCAAGUCACUUUUUGGGAAAACGGAGGUGCAAGUUUUCAAGAAAUAUUAUGCUGAAGUAGAAACACGGAUUGAAGCUUUAAGAGAAUUACUUCUGGAUAAGUUGCUUGAGACACCAUCGACCUUACAUGACCAAAAACGUUAUAUAAGGUACCUGUCUGACCUCCACGCGCCAGGCGACCCUGCGUGGCAGUGCAUCGGAGCCCAGCACCGAUGGAUCCUCCAGCUCAUGCACAGCUGCCGGGAGGGCUGCGUGCGGGACCUCAAAGGGCCACCGGGCCUUCACAGCGCCACGCUGGACCUGGACGGCGACGUGCGUGCCUCCGUGCCGGGUCAUCUAGGCCAGACGGCGUCUCUGAAGAGGGGCAGCAGCUUUCAGCCUGGUCGAGAUGACGCAUGGAGAUACCAAACUCCCCACCGGGUGGCAUUUGUUGAAAAAUUGACCAAGCUUGUUUUAAGUCAGCUGCCCAACUUCUGGAAACUCUGGAUUUCGUAUGUUAAUGGAAGCCUUUUCAGUGAGACUGCUGAGAAGUCAGGCCAUAUUGAAAGAUCAAAGAAUGUAAGGCAAAGACAAAAUGAUUUUAAGAAAAUGAUCCAGGAAGUAAUGCACUGUCUGGUGAAGCUGCUCCGCGGGGCCCUGCUCCCGCUCAGCGACGCGGAGGGCGGAGGGCGGCAGUGCAGAGGCUGGGAAGUGAAGGCCGAGCUCUCUGGGCAGGGGCUCGCUCACGCCAUCCAGACUCUCAGGCUUACUUACGAAUCCUUGACUGCCCUUGAGAUUCCCAAUGACCUGUUACAGACGAUCCAGGACCUCAUCUUGGAUCUUCGAGUGCGUUGUGUGGUGGUUACACUGCAGCACACAGCGGAAGAAGUAAAGAGAUUGGCUGAAAAGGAAGACUGGGUUGUCGACAGUGAAGGCCUGACGUCCCUACCGUGCCAGUUUGAGCGCUGCGUGGUGCACUCACUGCAGUCGCUGCGAGACGUCCUGGAGUGCAAGCCCGGAGAAGCCAGCGUCUUUCAACAACCGAAAACCCAGGAAGAGGUUUGCCAACUAAGCGUCAAUAUCAUGCAGGUUUUUAUAUACUGUCUGGAACAGUUGAGCACCAAGCCUGAUGCCGAUGUAGAUACUGCACAUCUCUCCGUUGACGUUUCUUCUCCUGAUUUGUUUGGAAGUAUCCAUGAAGACUUUAGUUUGACUUCUGAACAGAGACUUUUGAUAGUCCUGAGUAAUUGCUGCUACCUAGAACGUCACACCUUCCGAAAUAUCGCAGAACAUUUUGAAAAGCACAACUUCCAGGGAGUAGAAAAAAUAACACAGGUUAGCAUGGCCUCACUGAAAGAGUUGGACCAAAGACUCUUUGAAAACUACAUUGAAUUGAAGGCAGACCCCAUCGUUGGCUCCUUAGAACCUGGAAUUUACGCAGGCUACUUCGACUGGAAGGACUGCCUGCCCCCAACAGGUGUCAGAAACUACUUAAAAGAAGCAUUGGUGAAUAUAAUUGCUGUGCAUGCAGAGGUGUUCACUAUUUCCAAAGACCUGGUGCCUCGGGUGCUGUCCAGGGUGGUGGAAGCAGUUUCUGAAGAGCUGAGUAGGCUGAUGCAGUGCGUCUCAUCCUUCAGCAAAAACGGAGCAUUGCAGGCAAGGCUUGAAAUCUGCACCCUGAGGGACACCGUGGCUGCUCACCUGACGCCAGAGAGCAGAUCCAGUUUCAAGCAGGCCCUGGAAGCCCUGCCGCAGCUCUCGAGCGGAGCGGACAGAAAGCUGCUGGAGUGGCUGCUGAGCCGGGUCAGGAGCAGCGUGCACCUGCAGCUGGCCUGCUUCCAGGCCCCCCCUCCGCCUGCCGUGAAGACGCAGGUGCCUUCCAGAUGACGCGCUCCCCCGAGCGCCCACAGCUGCAUGCUGCGUGGUGAAGCCUGCGGGAGACGGGGCGGCUCAGGCCUACACCGAAGCGUCCUCCGGGGCCUCCUGCAGCUUCCAGGGCACAUGGGGCAGCGAAGAGAGAGUCAUCAGGAAGUUACGUGCGAGCAUCUGGAGCUUCAGCUGUCCUAAACUGUGCAUCUGUGCUUAAAACCUUUAUUUCAUAUAGGUGGCUCCCGAUUCAGGUAGACUUUUAGAAACACGUGUGGUCUGAAUAAAAAGGUGUUACGUUUGG